CGUCUCGGCCGGGUCCUCGCCAGCGCGGACCGCGGCCCUGCGCGCUCGGAUGUGUCGCGUUCUCUCCCCGGUGCUUCCGCACUCUCGCCAAACGGAUAUGCAGGCAGGCUCCUGCUUCAGCUCCGUCCUGUUUUUUCACAUUUUAAGAGGAUUUUUAAAUUCUUCAUAGUGACAGCCCCGCUUCCCACUCGCUGGAUUAAUCUUAGAAAAUGCCAAGUAGGAAAUUUGCCGAUGGUGAAGUGGUGAGAGGCCGCUGGCCUGGGAGCUCACUUUAUUAUGAAGUAGAAAUUCUGAGCCACGACAGCAACUCCCAGCUUUACACCGUGAAAUACAAAGAUGGGACUGAACUGGAAUUGAAAGAGAAUGACAUCAAGCCUUUAACUUCCUUUAAGCAAAGGAAAAGCGGCUCUUCCUCCAGCUCUCCCUCCCGACGCCGAGGGAGUCGGUCCCGGUCUCGCUCCAGGUCCCCGGGCCGGCCACCGAGGAGUUCCCGCCGGUCCGCCUCUGUGUCCCACCAGCCCGACGUUAAGGAGACCAAGAAGGAAGUCUUGGAAGUGAAAUUGACCCCACUGGUGUUGAAGCCAUUUGGAAAUAGCAUCAGCAGAUACAAUGGUGAGCCUGAGCGCAUAGAGAGGAACGAAGUACCUCACAAAAGCAUUCAGGAAAAAUUACAUUUGUCACAAGAGAGUAGUUAUGGAUCUACACAGUAUAGUCUUCGACCAAGAAGAGAAGAAAUCAAAUUUAAAGAAAUGGAUUCUAAGGAAGAAAAGGUUGUUGCAAAGGCACGUGCAUCGUCGUCGAGAACAUUUGAAGUGACAAGCACACAGACGAAGGAUUUAGAGUUUGGAGGAGUACCUGGCGCAUGCCUCAUCAUGCUGGGCUUGCCGGUCCUCCUCCUCCUGUUGUUGCUGAUGUGUAAGCAGCCGGACCCCAGCCUUCUCAACUUCCCUCCUCCUCUGCCAGCUUUCAAUGACUUAUGGGAAACCAGGGUGUUCGGGGCCUACCUUCUCUGGUUCUUCCUUCAAGCUCUGUUGUAUCUGCUGCCCAUUGGGAAGGUUGUAGAAGGGACACCUCUUACUGAUGGAAGAAGACUCAAGUAUAGACUAAAUGGAUUCUAUGCUUUUGUCCUGACGGCUGUCAUCAUUGGAGCAUCUGUCUGCUGGGGCGUGGAGCUGUAUUAUGUCUACAACCAUUUCCUUCAGUUCGCGCUGGGGGCAACUGCUUUUUCUGUGGCCUUGAGUGUCUAUCUCUACGCACGGGCUUUGAAAGUGCCCAGGAACGAACUGUCACCUGCCAGCUCUGGAAAUGCUGUCUAUGAUUUCUUUGUUGGCCAUGAAUUAAAUCCUCGAAUUGGUGCUUUUGAUCUCAAAUACUUCUGUGAGUUACGCCCCGGAUUGAUUGGAUGGGUGCUUAUGAACUUGGUGAUGCUUCUGGCCGAGAUGAGAUUCCAGAAUCGUGCUGCUCCGUCCUUGGCAAUGAUUUUGGUGAACAGUUUCCAGCUCUUGUACGUGGUGGAUGCUCUUUGGAACGAGGAAGCGAUACUGACAACCAUGGACAUUAUCCAUGAUGGAUUUGGAUUCAUGCUGGCUUUUGGAGAUUUAGUGUGGGUUCCAUUUAUCUACAGCCUCCAAGCCUUUUAUUUAGUCCGUCAUCCAAAUGAAAUAUCUUGGCCAGUUGCUUGUGUAAUCAUUGCCUUGAAACUUUCUGGAUACGUAAUUUUCCGGUGCGCGAAUUCUCAGAAAAAUGCAUUCCGGAAAAAUCCCACCGAUCCGAGGCUUGCACAUUUAAAAACCAUUCAUACUUCAACGGGAAAAAAUCUUCUAGUUUCUGGGUGGUGGGGCUUUGUUCGCCACCCCAAUUACUUGGGCGACCUCAUCAUGGCCCUGGCUUGGUCCCUCCCGUGUGGUUUUAAUCACAUCCUGCCUUAUUUCUACGUAGCUUACUUCACCGUGUUGCUUGUCCACCGGGAAGCUCGCGAUGAACACCACUGUAGGAAGAAAUACGGCCUAGCUUGGGAAAAGUACUGUCAGCGGGUGCCCUACCGUAUAUUUCCAUACAUAUACUGAUCCUCGGCUAGCGUGUUCUGAAAAUGCCUCUGAUGUCCUGGCUUCCAUUUGCAAAAACAAAAACAAAAAGUUCCAAAAUGAGCCUUCUUUCAUUGCACUGACAGGGUUUGCAAGCUUUCUUUUUGAGUCAGGACUGUAGAGCCAAGCUGUAAGUCUUUUAACAUAGCUGUGAUUAGUUUCACUAAAUUGUAACAAUUGCCAUAAAGGGAAAUAUAAAGAUGUUAGAAGUUUCAUCUUAAUCAUCUGAAAACAAGAUAGUUGUCUUAUAAAUUUACCGAAUUAGAUUACUUUUCAAAUCUUGACUUUUUUGUUUUGCCAGUGGUUUUUCUUAAAACACUGUUAAAUACUUUAAAAAAAAAAUGCAUUUAUGUUUUUAUUGCAUUGAGAACAGAAUUUUAAUUCAUUUCCUUUUUUAAUUAAAUCACUUACAGUCACAUGAUUUGAAAGUAAAAAGUGGUCCUUUGUUAAAUACCAUAUGUAAGUGGGAGGAGAGAGAAUUUUUAAGGGAGACCCUUAGUAGCGGUUGACUUAACCUCAGCUUCUAAAGCUGCUUUUGAAAAUGUAAAUACAUAGCUUGCUUUUAUGUAAUAUAUGGUGACUUCAGAUUUUUCUGUACAGUAUUUUAAAUGUGACAUAAUUGUCAGGGCCAAGUAUCUUAACAAACACAUUUUCAGUAUUUUAAAUUAAGUUUGGUGAAGUAAUACAUUUGUGGUUAAAAAUUUUGGAACAAAAAAUAGAAUUCAUUUAGUAUUGUAUAGAAGAUGCUUUUAAAACAUAGGAAGAAUAUUUUUCUUAAUCCAAAGUUUGUGAAUUUGGCUUUGCUACCUCAAUUGCAGGUGUUUGCCUUUAUAAAUUGUUACAAAUAGAAUAAAUAUAUAUUUUUGGAGUAACAUCACUAUUUAAACAUUUUUACACAUACUGGUGUUUGAAAAUCUGCCAUUUCAAGAUAAUAUUUUUGUAUGUUUUUGACUUUUUUAAUUAAACUUGUUUUUGCUACUGUUUAGUUCCUGCAGUUUAUACUGUAUUUUGUAUAUCCUUUAUAUUUACAAAACUAUUUUUGUAAAGGAGUGUUGUGUUCAGCUUUAGAAGUCUCUUCAUUUAAAAAUAAUUCAAGGGAAUAGUUUAAAAUAGUUUCUCUCUUUUAGUUCAAAAGAUGUGCAUACAAGGUAGCUUUAGCUGUUAUGUUCUAGUGGAUAUAAUCUUUAUUAGCAAAGUCACUAAACGUUUGUAUAAAAAGUUCAAUUAUUUUCAGUUUCUUAAACAGAGGGAGAUGUAAUAAAUAGUGUAUGUUUGGGUUUUAAUGAUACAUUUUCUGUAUGAGCCAUUUAUAUGUGCAUUGCAGUUUGAAGUAUAUUUAACUUAAUGUAUGUUAAUGUGAUCAUGAAAUUGGUUUGCUCUAGCAUUCUGCAGCCUGUAGCUUUUAAACACCUUGUUGUGGUGACAUUGUCAGUGUUUUUUAGUAGUGAUGUGUGCAAGCAGCUUUAUUCUCCUGGCAUCAGAAAGAUGGGACCCUCGCACUAGAUUCACCAAGGAAGCUUUGGGAGAGGAAGGGUGUGGUUCUUUCCCUGGCAAUGAGAAGAGCCUAUUACCAACGCAGUGCUGCGAUUUCUCGAUGAUACCAGCUGCCAUUUGUUUUUAAUUUUGUUUUUGACAUGUUUAUUUGACAAACAGAAGUUUUAUUAAGUUUGAAAUAAAGUUGAAGAUGAAGAUAAAAAGA